AGGAGAUCAAAAUGAAAAUAGCUGUAUAUGGCAAAGGUGGAAUUGGUAAAUCAACAACAAGUUGUAAUAUUUCAGUUGCUUUAGCCAAAAGAGGAAAAAAAGUGUUACAAAUUGGUUGUGAUCCUAAACAUGAUAGUACCUUUACCUUAACUGGUUUUUUAAUUCCUACUAUAAUUGAUACUCUACAAGAGAAAGAUUAUCACUAUGAAGAUGUAUGGCCAGAAGAUGUAAUUUAUAGGGGCUAUGGCGGAGUCGAUUGUGUAGAAGCAGGUGGUCCUCCAGCAGGAGCUGGUUGCGGUGGGUAUGUAGUAGGAGAAACAGUUAAAUUAUUAAAAGAACUAAAUGCAUUUGAUGAAUAUGAUAUUAUUUUAUUUGAUGUACUUGGAGAUGUUGUUUGUGGAGGAUUCGCUGCACCACUUAAUUAUGCAGACUAUUGUAUAAUAGUUACAGAUAAUGGGUUUGAUUCUCUAUUUGCAGCUAAUCGAAUUGCAGCCUCUAUUAGAGAAAAAGCCAGAACACAUAAUUUGAGAUUAGCUGGUCUAAUUGGUAAUCGUACAUUAAAAAGAGAUUUAAUUGAACAAUAUGUUAAAUCUAUUCCUAUGCCUAUACUAGAAGUUCUACCAUUGAUAGAGGAUAUUAGAGUUUCACGUGUUAAAGGAAAAACUUUAUUUGAAAUGGCAGAAGAAGACAGUUCACUGAAAUAUAUAUGUAAUUAUUACUUAAAUAUUGCAGAUCAGUUAAUUUCUUUGCCUGAAGGGCUUGUUCCUAAAGAAGCUAAUGAUAGAGAAAUUUUUACAUUACUAUCUGAUUUUUAUCUAAGUCCAAAUCUUUCUUCAGUUCCAAAUAAUAAAGAAGCAGAAAAACUAUUGAUUAGUUAAUAAAAUUUUUAUAUUGAAAAAUU